CACAAGACAACUGAGCAAUUCAAAUUAUGUGCACAAGACCCAUUGGGAAAGAUGUACGUGGGCUAUCUUUUGGAUAAGGACAACAACAUGUACCCCAACCCUGUUAGGGUUAACCCUGGACUCAACCUUAACCCCCAGAAUUAUGUCCCUGCUCCCCCUCAGUACUCAGACUUUGCCACCUAUCACCACGUCCCAGGGAUUAACAGUGACCCUCACCAUGGCCAGCCUGGGAGCAGCUGGGGGUCUCCUUAUGUGCCAAGCAGAGAGGAUUGGCACUCCUAUGGCCCAGGACCUGCAACCUCUUCAAAUAACCCCACUCAGAUAGGAUUCGGCCCCACUGAUUUUAAUCCAGUUCAGCCACCAGGUUCCGGACUUAUCCCACCUGCCAUGAACAGCUCAGUGCCCCCACUCUCACCCAAUGCGCAAAGGCGCAACCCUUAUGAGUGGAUGAGGCGCAGUGGAAUACCCGCCAGCAACCCCAACAAUGGAAAAACCAGAACAAAAGAUAAAUACCGCGUGGUGUACACAGAUCAUCAGCGCCUAGAACUGGAGAAGGAAUUUCACUAUAGUCGCUACAUUACAAUCCGCAGAAAAGCAGAGCUGGCAGCCACAUUGGCAUUAACAGAACGACAGGUAAAAAUCUGGUUCCAAAACAGAAGAGCAAAAGAGAGGAAAGUAAACAAGAAAAAAAUGCAACAACAAAGUCAACAGGCAAGCACCACAACACCGACACCUCCUGCUGUAGGAACCACUGGUGUGAUGGGGGGGAUUUGCUCCAGCAGUAGUAGCAACAGCAACCUUGUAUCACCGUCGGCACUGACUAUCAAGGAGGAAUAUCUUCCUUAA